AUGGAUCCAUUUUCAGCAGAGGGCGAGCUCCUCAACAUCCACAAUGCCUUCCACUCCGGCCAGUACCAAGAAGUGAUCGACUUCGAGACCGCCGCCCUCUCCCCCGAGAACCAGCUCCCCGCUCGUGUUCUUAAGCUCCGUGCCCAGAUUGCCCUUGGCCAGAGCGCCGAGGUGCUCGCCACCGUUUCCAGCCAAGAAGAUACCCCCGACCUGGCCGCUGUCAAGGCCCUGGCUCAGCAGGUCUCGGGCAAUACCAGUGCCGCCCUGCAACUCGCCCAGGAGCUCGCCGAGAACUACCCGGAAAAUGCGACUGUGGAGGUUCUCGCUGCUACGGUUCUGCAGGCUCAGGAUCUUAGUGAGGAGGCCUUGGCCUUGCUGACCCAGCACCAGGGUAACCUGGAAGCUGUUUCCUUGAUUGUCCAGAUUCACCUUCAACAAAACCGAGCCGACCUUGCCCUUAAGGAGGUCCUGGCUGCCAAGCGCUGGGCUCAGGACUCGCUACUAGUCAACCUGGCCGAGUCGUGGGUUGGCCUGCGAGUUGGUGGUGAGAAAUACCAGUCCGCUUUCUACGUUUACGAAGAACUCGCCUCCGCCCCUAGCACCGCCGCUCCGCUUUCCAUCGUCGGCCAGGCCGUCGCAGAGCUCCACCUGGGCCGUUUGCCUGAGGCCGAAGCCGCCCUUACUACCGCACUGGAGAGAUACCCCGAAGACGCCGAGUUGAUUGCCAACUCUAUCGUGCUGAACGUGCUCUCCGGGAAGCCAAGCGCAGAUCUGGAGGCUCGUCUUGAGCAGGUUCAACCAUCACACGCCCUUCUCGCCGAUAUUCAAGAGAAGAGUGCCUUCUUCGAUACCGCUGCGGCUAAGUACUCGGCCAAGGUUUCCCAAUAG